GAAUUUCCGCGUUUUCGCGUUCGCGCGCGCGCGCGCGCGUUCGCAAAGUGACGUGCCGUGACGUGGUCGUGCUGUGUCGUGUCGUGUCGUGCCGUGCCGUGUCUCGUCGUGUCUCGCUGUGUGCCGUCUUGGUGUGCCGGUGCUGUGGUGCCGCUCCAACGGAAACGGAGCGGAGCAGAAAACGCGCGCGUCGUUAGCGGCGUCGGCGGCGGCGACGACACGAACGCGGGUGCGUCGCGUGGAAUUAUGCCGCGCCGAGAUGAAUCGGAUCCCGCGCCCAGCGCCGGGAAGUGCUCGUCGUGGCUAAGUGACGUGUGAUCGAAGGAGCGAAGCCGCACAAAAGGUAUCUCCAUACGCGAUACGAGUGAUAUACGAUGUGGUGUUUUUCGGCGACGUUACUACUGAUCCUCGCAGUCGUAAUCGUCAGUGGCGUCCGCUUUAAUCAAGGCUCCUGCUACUCUUUCUCCUCCUCGACCUUCUCCCCCGCGUCCUCGACGUCGGAGCGCGUCGUCGCGGCGCAUAAGCCUGAGCCUCGCAAGACCCACGUCGCUGUCGCCGUGGCCGUCGCCGUCGUCGUCGUCACCAUCAUCCCGGUGAUAGCCACGGCCGCUGUUGCCGUGUCCACGCACGCACGUGCGAUCGUAUCUACGACGUGCCGCGUCCUCGACGACGACAGCGUUCGUCGUGUCUGCUGGGCUCACCUCUUACCGGCUAGUGACUAGUGGUUCUCGUUUUACCCAAGUGAUCAAUCGAAUUGGGAGAGCGUGGAGGAGAGAGGGACGAAUUGAAAUCUCUCCAGUCGGUAGAGAUAUAUCCAAGACAAGGAGCAAGGAGGAGGCGGAUUCAGUUCCUAAGGAGAGAAAGAGGGUGAGGGAGAAGGGUGGAGGCCGGCCUGUUUUAAUCGAUCGGAAAAUUGCGCGUUUUUUCGGUGUGUUGGUGGAGUGUCUGGUGAAUUUAUUCUGCCCUGGUCGAGGUUGUGUGUCGUUGUACAGUGCCUCCAAACGAUACCACAACAUCCGAUCCCAAAUGAAGAGUUCGGAGCAAAAUGGUUAGAGAGACACGUCACCUGUGGGUUGGAAAUCUGCCGGAAAACAUCCGAGAGGAUCGCAUCAGGGAGCAUUUCAAACGGUAUGGACGCGUGCAGAGCGUCAAGCUGCUGCCACGGGGCGAAGAGUGCCCUGUGGACGGAGGUUCCAGCAGUUCCCUUGGCGAAAGCAAUGAGGGCGGUUCCGGUUCCAGUUCAGGCAGCGGCGGCGGUGGCGGGAGCGGCGGUUCCUCGACCAGCGGGGGUGCGGCAGCGACGGUGGCGUUCAUGGAUAUCAAGUCCGCAGCGAAGGCUCACGCGACUGAGCAUACGCUGGACGAACGAGCUCUCACUACACAGUACUACGAGCCACAACAUCUUCAGCACAGGUUCCCCUCUCACGGAAGUUCAGAGGAUCAUGGAUCCGGCGGCGGCAGCGGGGGAGGAGGCAGCGGAACAGGCGGCGUUUCCGGUGGCGGCAGCGGUGGCGGGAGCACCGGUGCCGGGGUCGGUGGUAGCGGCGGCGGCGGUGAACGAGGAGACAGGGGAAGCGAGAAUUUCGACUCACGUGGUUCCCAUGGAACUGGUGGAGGCGGUGGUAGCGGUAGCAGUGGUGCUUUGCGACAGCACAAGAAACAGCGAAGAAAAUCACGAAGUGGGAGCAGCUCGCCAAGCGGUAGCAGUCGUUCCGGAAGUAGCAGCAGCAGUCGAAGCGGUAGCUCGGGCGGCAGCUCUUCCGGGGGUAGCACGUCGCCCGGUAGCUCUCCGCAUCGCACCAGCAACGUAGCCGUCACGGAGGAUCGCAGGCCGUUGGCCAUCUGCGUUAGAAAUCUGCCGGCACGUAGCAGCGAUACUUCCCUCAAAGAUGGCCUUUUCCACGAGUACAAGAAGCACGGAAAGGUGACGUGGGUGAAGGUCGUCGGUGCAGCCGGCGACAGAUAUGCCCUAGUCUGUUUUAAGAAACCUGAGGACGUGGAGAAAGCUCUCGAAGUUUCGCAAGAUAAGCUAUUUUUUGGAUGCAAAAUUGAAGUAGCCCCUUAUCAAGGAUACGAUGUAGAGGACAACGAGUUUAGGCCGUACGAGGCAGAACUCGAUGAGUACCAUCCGAAAGCAACAAGAACAUUGUUCAUCGGUAACCUCGAGAAAGACGUUACCGCGUCCGAGCUCAGGAAGCAUUUUGAACCGUUCGGCGAAAUAAUAGUGAGUUCAAAUUAUUUUGAAAUUGGAACAUUCGUUUAUGUCAGUAUAGAAAUUGAAUAA